CUCCAACCACAGUCACCAUCACCAACAAUGGCUCUAUAAGACAGGAGGAGAUGGCUUCCACAGAGAGUGGGCUCCGUAUUCAGGGGGAUGAAAACCUGCAGUCCAUGCUGGUGGGGACAGUUAUGAGAAAAAUUAAGUCUCGUACUUGGAAAAAACAACGAUAUUUCAAGCUCCAGGAUGACUGCAUGACCAUCUGGUACAAAUCCAAGAAAGCUGGCAAAGCUCACUCUACCUUUUCUAUGAGGGAUGUGGAGGUAGUGCGAGAGGGCCAUCAAAGUGAAGUACUUCUCAGCAUCGCAGACGAGUUCCCUGCUAACCGAUGCUUCACGGUGGUGUUCCAUGGUCGCAGAGGAAACUUGGACCUGGUGGCCGAGUCAGCCGAGGAGGCCCAGUCCUGGAUCAAAGGCAUGAGGAAGCUGAUUGAAAACCUGGAAAACAUGGGAGAGAGGGAAAAACUAGACCAAUGGAUAGGUGACUGGUUCCAAAAGGCUGACAAGAACAACGAUGGCAGGAUGAACUUCAAGGAAGUGCGAGAUCUCCUGAGGAUGAUGAAUGUGGAUAUGAAUGAACACCAUGCUCACCGUCUGUUCACAAUGGCAGAUAAAUCACAGACUGGUGCCCUCGAAGGGGAUGAGUUUGUCUUGUUCUACAAGAUGUUAACCCAGAGAGAAGAUAUUUUGAACAUUUUCCAGGAGUACUCAUCUGAUGGUCAGAAGUUAUCCCAGAGUGACAUAGAGGACUUCCUGAGAAAGGAGCAGCUGGAGGAUGUUGAUAUCCAACACCAUGCUCAAGAGCUAAUUAAAUACUAUGAGCCCUCAGAUACAGCAAAACAACUGAAGGCUAUGACAUUUGAUGGCUUCUUGAUGUACCUCGGUUCUGCUGAAGGCUCUAUCUUCAGUCCAAAGUGCAGGGGCAUUUUUCAAGACAUGACUCAGCCGCUGUGUCAUUACUUCAUCUCCUCCUCCCACAACACAUAUCUGAUGGAGGACCAGCUCAGAGGACAAAGCAGUGUGGAAGGAUACAUCAGGGCUCUUAAUCGCGGCUGCAGGUGUGUGGAAGUAGACUGUUGGGAUGGUGCCAAUGGAGAGCCCAUUGUCUAUCAUGGACAUACAUUCACCUCUAAGAUCCUCUUCAAGGAUGUGGUCAAUGCAGUGGGAAAAUAUGCUUUCAAGAUAUCAGAAUAUCCAGUUAUUCUGUCAAUCGAGAACCACUGCAGUGUUGACCAGCAGAGAGUCAUGGCCCAACACCUCAAGCACAUUCUUGGGGACAAGUUGCUUAGAGGCAUGUUGGAUGGCAGGGCCCCAGUAGGGCUUCCAUCUCCUGAGGAACUUAAAGGGAAGAUUCUUCUGAAAGCAAAAAAAAUUGGUGGUUUAGAGGAAACACUCAAUGGGACUGUUGAAGACUCGCUGACAGGAGAGGUCAGUGAUGAAGAUGAAGUAGCAGAAAUAGAUGAAGAAAUUCUUCAUCGUGAGAGUAUCCGGCGCAGAGUAAAGAAGUCAAAGCAGCGUUUGUCUAAAGAGCUGUCAGACUGUGUGGUCUACUGCAAGAGUGUUCACUUCAGGAGCUUCAAACAUGCCCGCAUCCACUCCAAGUUCUACGAAGUGGCCUCUUUCACAGAGUCCAAAGCUCGCAAGCAGCUACGAGAGGCUGGAGCAGAGUUUGUGCACCAUAAUGCCCGGCAACUGACCAGGGUAUAUCCCACUGGCUUCCGAACUGACUCUUCCAAUUUCAAUCCCCAGGAAAUGUGGAAUGCUGGGUGCCAAAUAGUUGCACUGAAUUUCCAGACAGCUGGAGAGGGGAUGGAUUUAAAUGAUGGCCUGUUCAGUCAGAAUGGCCGCUGUGGCUACGUCCUGAAGCCAGCUUUCAUGAGAGACAAAAAUGACAGGUUUGACCCUGAGCUGCCUCAGAAACGAGAUGACUACCAACCCAUCGUCCUUACCAUUCAGGUGAUAAGUGGCCAGCAGUUGCCUAAAGUCAACAUCAAAGAGGAUUCUAUAGUGGAUCCUCUAGUCAGAGUGGAGAUCCAUGGAGUUCUGAUGGACCAGGCCAAACAGGAAACCAGACACAUUGAAAACAAUGGAUUCAAUCCCCUGUGGAAUGAUACUCUGCGCUUCACCAUCCACACACCUGAACUGGCUCUGGUCCGCUUUGUGGUGGAAGACUACGACAAGACAUCCAAAAACGACUUUGUGGGGCAAUUUACACUCCCACUCAGCUGUAUGCAAAAAGGUUAUCGUCACAUUCACCUUUUGUCCAGAGACGGAACCAGGAUUUCUCCCUCAUCCUUGUUUGUUCAUGUCAGGAUCACAGAUCUGGAAUGACCUGAAAGGAUUUUCUGCAAAGAACAGCUUUCCACAUUGUAUUUAAUAAUGGAAGUCCAUUUAUAUUUGUCUCAUAAAGCAUUAGAUUAAAUGUUAGUAUUGCAAUAUUCUUAUUUGAAGUGAAUCGAAAUUUUAUGCCAAAUGUGAAGUGAUUCUAAAGAGCUGAUGCAAGGAUGGCUGCUCUCCAUCUUAUAGUGUGUGCGCAGGCGUGUGUGUGUUGGGUUGUUAGUGACUGCAUGCAUGUGGAUUUCUGCUGUUCUUGUUUAUUGUGCUGUAGUGGAGAAUGUGCCACCAGAUAUCUGAGUCAGGAAAUUCCCUCCCUUGCUUUAUGUAUCCGUCUGCAUUGCUCCUGUCUUCAGUUCGGCUCCUACUGUCAUGAUGGAGUUCUUACACACACUUUCAGUGGACAGCAUUUUUCCACCUUCUCUUUGAAGCACAUUGGUCUGAGUUGAAGCUGAAGUGAGGAACUCCUCACAGUUCAGUGUGUGUACAUAAUACAUAAUUGUGUGAAUUUAUUUUUGUAUUUAUACCAUGAUAUUUAUAGCAAACUGUAAACCUUUUUUGUUUGUUUUGUAUUGGACAUAUUUUCAUUGAGCACAAUCAGGAAGAAAUAAAAGACUUACAGACUGUA